GGCCUUCUGGGGGGCCAGGUGCGCCAGCCCUCCGCGCGUGCACCCGGCACGUGGCCUCCGCGUGCUGCGCACGGGGAUCUGGCCGCGCGUGUUUCCAGCUUCCUCUCCUCCUGCAUGCGGGCUCAUUCGCGAUGCCGUGUCCCGGUCUCGCCGCGACGCGCGUGCGGAUCGCCUCCUGCCGCGCCGCGGCGGGAAAAAAAAUCCGGCGCACCCCAGUCGGCCGCACACGCGCACGCCGCCCUCGCAGAGCGUCCCCUCGGCCCGUGGAAGGGAAGAUCCGCAAGCGCACGCUGACGCGGGGUAGCGGGCCCCAUCCCGAGAUGAACCAGGACGUGGUCUGCAGCUACGAGGUGCGGGCCGGGAGAGACUCGUCCGGGGAGGCGCUGCAGCACCACCGCGAGAGGAGGAUCCGGGUGGGGGAGGGCGAGGCGGUGCCGAUGCUGGAGAUGGGCCUCCGCCACAUGGCCGAGGGCAGCACGUGCGAAGUGGUCGGCUCGAGCAACUGGGCCUGGGGCCCCGUGGGACUCCCCGCGGCCGUGGAGGGCGAGCGGGACAUCCCCCCAGACACCGACGUGCACAUGCUGGUGACGUUGCACCGGUGCUUGCCCCAAAUGGACGGCCAGGAGCUGCCCUGGAGCGAGAAGGUCAGCACGGUGACGUGGCGCAAGGAGAACGGCAACGACCACUUCAGGCGCCGGGAAUACCAGAAGGCCAAGAGAUGCUACAUGAAGGCAUGCGAGGUCUUCGGUGGCGACUACGAGGCUCCCGCGAACGAGGUGGCCGACCACGUGGCCGCCGGCGCGCGCGCGAAGGCACUCGUGGCGGACGCCGCGGCCAACCUGGCUGCCGUGCACUUGGCGCUGGGCGACGCCCCGCACGCCAAGGAGGCGGCCGAGGGAGCCCUGGUGAUGGCGCCCGGGCAUGUGAAAUCCCUCUACCGGUUGGCCAAGGCCUGCCUGCUCAUGGAUGAGUUCAAGGAGUGCGAGGCGGCCCUGCGGCAGGCCCUGCAGGCCGACCCCGAGAACGCCGGCGUGCGGCAGGUGGAGCUGGAGCUGCGGAGGAAGAGGCAGAAGUACUCCUCCAAGAGCAGGAGGCUGGCGGAGGCCGUGGUGGGCGACCUCCAGGGCGGCAGCGGCGAGGCGCCCGCGGCCGUCGCCGGGGCGGAUUCGGGCGCCGCUGGGGCCUCGGCCCCGGAGGAGGUGCCGGCGCCAGAGGUGGCGGCGCCAGAGAGCUGGCUUUCCUCCCUGAUCCGAUCGGCCAGUGCAGCCGCCGCCGAGCACAGGAACUGGAUCGUCAGUGCCGCGGCGUUUGUGCUGUUGGUUGCUGUCAUGUUCUUGUUGCUGCCAAGAACGCAGGCGAGACAAGGACUAACGCUGCUGGUGACCGUGGGCGGCUCGGCGUGGUCGGUCGCCGUCAUUAUGCGAGGGGACGAAGAGCUCAGGCGAAAACAACUGUAGCAGGGGCUGUGGUAGCUUGUCUCACCUGCGGGCCACCAUGCAAGCGCGCGAGGACAUAACGAGGAAGCUGGUCUUGCUCGGAUCUAGCGGCCCUGCGAUGACACCAA